AUGUACGAAAGCCUGCCUGGAAGCGACGUCGCGCUGAAGGCGUCAAUUUGUCGCGUUAUCGCGGUCUUGAGGGUGGAGGAAAAGUUCUUCAAGCAAUUGAUGCCCGUGAUGCAGAAACACGGUAGUCUGGCUUUAGGGGGUUUGAACUAUCUGAGGCUGCACGGAUGA